AUGCCACCCAUCGAGUUGCUUGUUCCCCCUGCACUGUUUGCUCUUUCAAGUGCUGCUUUCUUCAAGGCGAUCUAUCUAUCAUACAAAGAUCGGCUCUAUGUUGCACCAUUGUUGUUUGGUAGUGCCGUGUUGUCCCUACAAACCAGUCACUACUUAACAUGGCUUACUGGUAUGAAUGUACUGUGGGCUCUCUUCAGUUGCAUCUGGAUGCACCAUGCUGCAUCUGUAUUGUACAUAGACCAGCUAAGCAUCCCCAGGACUGCGUCUUUUUGGAUCUCUGCCUACAAGAUCUGGAACGAUCCGCAGCGUCGCCUCAGCCAGGUAUCCCUCCAGCGCAGAGAGAAUACUUGCUCCCCCACCAGCAGGAUAUGGUUCGCUCUUCGGCGCCUAUCCUGGACUGUGCUCUGCUGGCUGCUCCAGCUGUCCAUUGUCGGACCGUUGCUGUCCAUUCAUUUCACCUUCAGUGCUGAAGAUUUCGAGCCCUCGCGCCAGAUCCUCAUCCGGCGGAUGCUAUCUCUCCAGCCAGAGCCGCCGUUCACAGCCCGCGAGAUGCAGAUCCGAUUCUACGUAUCGGUGUACUGGAUCUGGAUCGCAUAUCUGAUGCUUGAGCUGUGCAACACAGUGCUCGCGCUUUUCUUUGUUGUCAUCCUGCGCCUCGAUAACCCGGAGGACUGGACUCCCUUAUUCGGCAGUCCAUUGCAGGCAUACAGUAUUCGCCGCUUCUGGACGAAAUUCUGGCACCGACUGGCUGUCGCGCCGUGUGUUUCUUCCGGCAGGAUGAUCACACGACGUGUAGCACGCCUUCAGCCAGGCUCGCAGCAUGAGAAGAUCUCCAUCGCCUUCUGGGCGUUCUUUGUGUCUGGUAUUUUCCAUGUAGUCGCGGAUUGGGCAUCAGGGGAGCCGUGCUACCUGAUUGACGAUAUGUUCUUCUUUGUUGCCAAUUUCCUCGCCGGCGCUAUCGAGUCGGCAAUCGGAAAAGGGCUGGAAAACGCUAUGAAGAGAAGUAAGAACGGCAUGGUUCGUGGGCUUCUCAGGUCGGGUAUUGUGAGGAAAAUGAUAGGGUAUAUCUGGGUUCUGGGUUUCAUGUUCUGGAUUACACCAAAAUGGCAGUACCGGAAGCUUCAUGCUUCCUUGACCGAAUUUUCAGAUCCGCAGCUGGCGACGAGAAGUAACUGA